GUCAGCUUACACAGCAAAACAGGAAAUAAUCAAUAAUCAAUCUGCGUUUUUUUGUUUUUGCGCAGAUUUUCACCGACAGGCUGCAUCGUGUGACCAGUAGAGGUCACUAUAAACAUUUGUGUAAUCGGUGUGUCCGCAUUAGUCAAAGUGUAACACAGGCAAGCCCGGCUGAUCAAACUGCUGCGUACAAGUGUAUACUGUGUGUGGUUUUUCCAUGGUCUGUCGGUUCGUUAGACAAGUAGAUGAGCUGAAUUAUUUUGAACACACUUAUCUAAAAGGCUCUGACAGCUUUAUGUGCUGGGUUUUGGUUCCUUUCCGAGGUCUUCGGUCCGAAGGAAGCAGCCUGAGAUCGGCAGCUGUUUAGCAGUCAGGUGGUCGCGGGUCCUGUGAGGCAGUCGUGUGACUUUUGCUCCAACAUGCCGACGUGUGGCUGACCUGAGGGACUUCAUCACUGCAGGACCCAGACCGUCCGCUCCUUAUGGCUGUGUAUGAUGAGAACAUCCUAAAGAAUCCAUUUUACUUGGCCUUGGAGAAGCAGAGGCCUGACCUCAGCAGUCGUGUGGCAGACUUUCAUGGCAUCGUUCUUGUUCCGUGUUGUGGAAGUUUGAAUGUCAGCAGCUACUCGGACUCUCACUUUGACAGCUAUGUCCUACAGCCUGUGGAGGAAGGAUAUAAGACUGUGAAUGGAAAGGAAGUUAAAAUCCAGGACAGGCAGGUCCUGCUGGGAUCUGGCUUCUCAAUUCCAUCUGUGAUACCGAUCCUGUUUGAGGAAACUUUCUACAAUGAUCAGGAGCAAAGCUACAGCAUUCUGUGCAUCUCCAGACCCCUGGAGGUGGAGUUGAGCCUAGCUGAGGUCAGUCCACUCCAAACUUACUGUCUGAGAAGCCUGGAGGAUGUCAGGGACUACCUGGGUCGUCACUCAAACAAACUUGACAGGUUCAUCCAAUGCUUCUGUCUGGCUUUCAAAGAACAAGAGAGGAAGGGGCUUCGACAUCACAUUGACUCUGUAAAUGGACUUUACACUAAAUCUCUUCAGUGUCUGCUGAGAGACCCUCACCUGAAACUUCUGGCAAAGCAGGAGCUUCAGAUGACACUUCUCAAACAGGCUGUUGGGAUAUAUAUCCAUCAUGGUAUCCAUGAUUUAAUCUUUAACAUUGUGGGAACUUAUGAAGCAAGCCAGGAUGCUUCUUUCAACAAAAUCACAAGGAGCCUUCAGGAACUGCAGCAGAAUGACUUGGGAGUCAAACCAGAGUUCAAUAUAAAUUUGUCUCGGGCAAAGAGAGAGCUGAGUCAGCUCAACCAGCAGACCUCCCCCCUCCUCAAGCUGCUCUGCCUGCGCCGAGUUCUCCUUACAGCCACCCAGACUCCAAGACACACAAGUAAAUUGAACAUCGAAGCUGUGAGUGCAGAUGACCUUCUCUCUGUUGUCCUUUACCUUUUGGUCAAGACUGAAAUCCCCAACUGGAUGGCCAACCUGAGCUACAUGAGGAACUUCUGUUUCAGUAACUCCAGCAAAAAUGAGCUCAGCUACUGCCUGAGCACAUUUGAGGCAGCAGUGGAGUAUAUCAACCUGGGGAAGCUGCAGAACACAUGCUCCGUCACAGGUGAGCUUAGCGACAAAGCUUUAUUCAAGGAGAGGAUGAGUCUGCUUACUCAAAACAUGGCCUCACCGAUCUACUGCCUGUUUGAGCACAUAGCAAAUGGAAACGAAGCCAAAGUGGAACAUCUGCUGAGUGAAGGUGAAGGUGAUGAAGAUGUCAGGAUGUGUCAUCCUCUUUGUUCCUGUGACCUCUGUCAUGGCCACCUGUCGGGACGUCUGCAUGAUCUAUCCAUUGUGACACCGUUCUCCAGAGAUGACAGAGGUUACUCUCCACUGCACGCUGCUGCAAUCUGUGGUCAGGCCCAGUUGAUUGACCUGCUGGUGAAUAAAGGAGCUUCAGUUAAUGCCACAGACUACCAUGCUCUCACACCGCUGCACCUUGCCUGUCAGCGUGGAUUCCAAGGGGUCUCACUUCUGCUGCUGCACUACAAAGCCAACACAGAGGCUCAGGACAAUAACGGCAACACACCGCUACACCUCGCCUGCAUGUACGGACAUGAGGACUGUGUGAAGGCCUUGGUGUACUAUGACGUCCAAACAUGUCAUCUGGACCUGCAGAACGAUAAAGGUGACACUGCAUUGCACAUAGCAGCCCGCUGGGGAUACGAGGGGAUCAUCCAGGUGCUCCUGGAAAACGAAGCGAGCACACAUAUCCUGAACAAGAACAAAGAGUCCCCACUGCAGUGUGCACUCAACUCUAAGAUCCUGAUGGUGUUAAAGUCGACACAAAACAGCCAUCACCACAGAAGAAAUGACUCUCCGAGUUGCUCCCCUCUGGCCUCAGACUGCAGCAGCCGCCGCUCCUCCGUCUCCAGCACAUCUUCUAUGAGCUCUGUGGCCAAACAUGAGGUGGAGCGGGUUCAACACCGAGAGGUAGAGAAAUUGCUGCGAGCUGUAGCUGAUGGUGAUGUGGAGAUGAUGCGCUACCUGUUGGAGUGGACAGACGAAGAGGAGGAUGGAGAGCUGAGAUCUGAGUCACACCUCUGUCAUCCGCUCUGUCAGUGUCCAAACUGUGCUCCUACUCAGAAGCUACCUGUGCAGCAGGCUGGAGCACUCAGUGUUAACAGCUGCGACAAAGACGGCUUCACACCACUCCAUGUGGCUGCCCUGCAUGGCCACUCAUCUCUUGCAGCACUGCUGAUUCGCCACGGUGCCAAUGUCAACGUCCGCACCAGCCAGAACGCCACCCCGCUUCACCUGGCCAGCCAAAACAGCCAUCUUCAGGUUGUGAUGUUGUUGCUGGAGUGUAAUGCCAAGCUAAACAAGAAGGAUCACUAUGGAAAUACCCCUCUUAUCCUUGUGUGUCUCCGUGGUAACUUGGAGAUGGCCAGCACUCUGCUGCAGAGUAAAGCAUUGGUGAAUGUAGUAAACCUGCAGGGCAAUACGGCUCUCCAUGAGGCGGUGCGAGGAGGACACCAGGCUCUAGUUGAACUGCUGCUGAGGGCUGGCGCCUCGCCCAGCCUCAGAAACAAGAGGCAGAGGACGCCGCUGGAUUGUGCCUAUGAGCUUGGUGGCAAGAACACUGAAACCUUGAGAGCUCUGCAGAAAGCUUCUGGACUUUCCCCUGAGGCUGAACCAAUCAAACUCCUCUCUGUGCCCAAAGGAGCUCUGGCUCAUUCAUUGGUACAGCGCCUGAAGCUGCCGGAUAACUCCAAUUGCAGGAAAGACAAACUGGCUCAAUCUAUUGGGAGGAUGCAGCACAUGAGAAAACAUUCUUUUGGCUCCCCUCCCAGGAGUCCACCAUUCCUUAACCAGGUGAACCCAGAGCGGAGGAGACUGAGGCGAGGGGAGACCUUGGAAAUCAACAGCUACUUAGGAAGCCUUGGUCUUCGGUCUCGUCAGAAGGAGCGGCCCCUGGUUCGUGGUCACACCCUGGACUGUGGGGUGCACUUGCCAAAGCAAGCUGAGCCCCCACCCCACUCUGAAACUGACUGACCACCCAGCACACAUCUCUAUUUUGAUAACGGUUGAUGGUGCUGUGCAACCAGGUGAUGUGAAAACACAUUAUGUAAUGUGUCUAACUCCAGGCCAUGCAGAGACUUUGUUGCACCCCCCCCCCCCCUUUACAUAGUUCACUGCAGCCCCACUGCUUAUCUGAAUCCCCCAGCUAAUUCGUCCCGUCUGUUCUCUGAAGGGAGCCAUGUGGGAGUCCACCGGGAUUUUUUUCUAGCCUAGAAACAGUCAUGACCAGACUUUGGACAGCCUAAAUAUUCAUCACACUGCAGGAAGAGAAAGAAAUUGAUUUCUGACAUCACAGCAUGUAAGCUGGUUUUAUUUGUCCCAGUUUUUAGAUAACUAUCUUUUGCUGAUUCUUCUUUUUACACACAUGUAAUACUCUCCAAAUACUAAUCUGCUGCAGUCAGUAGAUUUCAGACUUGGAGAUACAGAGGCUGGUUCUGCCCACAAACACGAUAUUAUUCAUCCUGUUUCCAUUCGGAUCCUGUUAUUUACUGCAUCAAUACAGAAAAGCUACUGGAACAGAAAUAUAGAAAAUUUCAAGACAAACUGUAGAAUUCAUCCUACUUUAACAAGCCUGAUCCUCUCUCAGUUUACUUUGUAUAUGCAGCUUGACGUAACUUUGUCUGUGGAAACAGAAUGUUUCUAGUUCAUUUCAGGAACUGCUUUGUUCACUUUACCUUAUUGUCAUGAAACAUGAAAUAAUCCAGGAUGUCCAGCUGUUUUUGUGGAUUCACUCAAAUGUCUGAAAGUGUAGCUGAAUGAAAUCCAACAGCCUUGUAGCGUUGGCCAUUUUGCCAAUUCCACCUUUUCAUCCCUUCCUACCUCGAUGUACUUAAACCACAGCGAAUUAAGUUUUCUCUUAGUUUGUUUUCAGGAUUGAGAGAAAUGGUUAGAAAAAUGCUCAAAAGUUUGAAUAUAAUUUAUUUCAAUUGUA